AUGGCGCCUCGUUCCAGCAAGAAAGGCAAGGCCAAGGUUAACGAUGACACGGAACCCGAACCUCCGCAGGAUCAUCCGUACAUCGUUUGGAUGCGCCAGCAGCAGGCCGAAGGGUUUGAGCAUGGACGAAUUCGUCGUGAAGCAUGUAUUCCGCCAUCCUCAGCUCCAGGGCCGUCCCGUGUUGCCGCGCCCGCACCAUCUGUCGGAAAUGUCAACUUCGGCUCGGAGGAUGAAUCGUCGGCGUCCCCGUCAGACUCAGACACGGACCUGGAAGUUGAGAAGGACGACGAUGAGGGUGACGGUGGCGUUGCGCCUAGCGGGUCCAAGAAGAGAGGUGCGCAGAAAUCGUCCAAGAAGGCUGGUCAGAAAGUGCGGAAGCGCACCCCAUGGACCAUGGAAGAGAUGGCUGCAUUAGCUGCAGCCAGAUGGUACACCAGGGAGGAUAUCAAGCAGAUGCAAGGUAAGCAAGGUGCACAGUUUUGGAAGAAACUCCGUCAGCAUAUGCGCAAGGCGUAUCCGAACUGGAUUCGUAGGAGCGAGGCUAUGAAGCAGUGUUGGAAGAGGCUGGAAGCGGAAUACGAAGACAUAUGUGAGGCAAUCCAGAUGUCGGGCGCCGGUAACAUGGCGAGGCCCGACUGGUUCACUUUCAUGGACGACCUAAAACAUGGAACCGCAGCAGUGAACCCACAUGUGGUGGAUGGCGGAGGAGCUGGGAUGCGGACAGCGGAUCCUACGAUGACCAUACCCCGAGUUGGAGACCUCCCUGCAACUCAAGACCCCAAUGGCCCAGCCACAGGCCACAAUCCCUCCCAAGCACCCCGAGGCACCAACACAACACAUGGUGGGAACGCCACGCCAAGGAAGCGCGCCCAUGAAACAGCCACCAUCCAGGGUGCCUCCAUGAUCUCUAGCACUAUGCGCCAAUGCAAUGCCUCUGGUGUUGCCAAGAUCGACGAGCUUAUCAGGAUCAUCGUUGCCGCACUUGGCGCCCAAGUAGCAGCCAACCAAGCGGCCAGCCAGUUCAUGAAUAACUACGCCCCUGCCCCAGGCCCAGGACAUCAGCAAGCCCCAAGUACCAUGAACGACACCACCGGUCACCCUUCAGGUGGUCGCGCUGCUGAAGAGGCAGUGGCUGCAGAAGAAGACUGCGAGGAUGGACUGGAUGUCACCAAUGAAUACCUCAACGAGGACGAUGAGUAA